UUAGAUUUUGCUCUUCUAAUCCAACAGAUUAUCACUGCACACAACUCUACUGACCAGUAGGGCUUUACGUUUCAACACAAUUCUCAUGCAUUGAUCAUUUCUUGCAUCCUUCGAUACAGAAUCAACACAUUCACUGCAAAAUAUAACAACAAGGACCAUUUUACAAGAUCUGCAGGAAAUGGACUGGCCACAGAUGGGAUUUAUGUCAUGCAUUGACAUAUGAAUUUCCCUGAUAAUUCUAUUAGAGCCCAUGUGGACGAGGCGCUUUAGAAAAUACUACACGCCGUCACUAAUGGAUGCAGGUGCUCAUCGGCUUGGCAGUUGAGCAGCAGCGACAUCAAUUUCUACAAACCUGGCGUGUGUUGUGCACUGGAAAGACGUUCAGCACUUUUAGGAAGAGAUAAAUGGUAUCCUUAGCACCGUGUGGGGACAUGGAACCAGAAGCCGGAGAACCAGAGGAGACAACAUUGGAGUCUGAAAUGUUUGUUAGGGAGAAAGAGGAGGUGAAGAGUGAAGAAGGUAACCAGCCCUGGCAGGUGCUCCAAGAACCAAUCAUGGAGCUGCAGAGAAUGAAUAUUACAGGUAAGGAGGACGAGAAGAAAUCAGUGGACAACAAAGAGGAUGAAGAAGGAAGUGAGAAGAAAGACGAAAUGGAGAAUGAAGAGGCAGAAGAGAUGAAGUGUGCUGAAAACUUGAGCAACAUGUCCUCAGAUGCUAAUGCCUCCAGCAGCGACCCAACCAAUGAGUCCAUUCCCUCAAAUACUCACAUCAGCCCACCUGUGACCAAUCAAUCAGACCCAGAGGACAGCAGAAAACUGACAAAGACUCCCAGCUUUGGGAAAACAGUUCGGUUUAAGGAAAUUGAAGCAGUGGAAGAAAGGGACAGCUCAGAUGACACUCUUUUUCCAGACUUUGACAAUGAAGAGUGGAGCAGCACCAGCUUUGAGGAGCUGUUUCUGGCAGACGACUGGAAGGAUGUUACAGAUGACCGCCUGGUAAGGAAGAAGGUGUUACAGGCCAGUCCCGAGAAUGCCCUGACCCCGGCUUGGGGUCAAGAGGUCACACUGAAAAUGCAGGGUGUGCUAGAGGAUAGGACUGUGGUGGAGAAAGACUGCAAGCUGGUCUUCGUUAUCGGAGAGGGAGAUGUCAACCAGGCGCUGGAGGAGGGCACCAUGUCAAUGAAGCAAGGGGAGAUUGCUUUACUGCUUGCAGAUUCACAAUACACCUAUGGACUCCUGGGAAGGGAGCCUGAUAUACCAGCCUGGGCACCUCUCCUGUAUCAGCUGCAACUCCUACACUUCAGAGAAAAGCCAGACCCCCUUUCACUGCCCAUCCCCGACCGGAUCCGAAUCGGCAACCAGAAACGUGAACGAGGCAACUUCUACUUCCAGAGGGAAGAAUACAGCAUGGCAGUACAGGCUUACUGCAUGGCUUUAGAUGUGCUUACGACACGCACACAUGACGGUCAAAGCUGUGCGACAGAGGAGGAAGAAGAAGAGGUGAACGACUACCGGGUAAAAUGUCUGAAUAACCUGGCAGCAGCACAGCUGAAGCUUGGACAGUUCGAUGAGGCGCUGCACACCAGUCAAGAUGUGCUGUUUCUCGAUCCCCAGAAUGUCAAAGCGUUAUUCAGAAAAGGAAAGCUUUUAUCAGACAAGGGUGAUUAUGAGGAGGCCAUGGAGACCCUGAAGAAGGCUUUGAAACUGGAGCCGUCCACUAAGGCUAUUCAUGCUGAACUGUCCAAACUGGUAAAAAGACAGGCGGGGGAAAAUGAGACCCAGGAUUGGCAAGCUAAACCAGCUCAAGUGUUUGGCGAAAACAUAGCGCCCUUUCUGACACCCCCGCCCAAAAAGAAGCCGUUUGGAAUUUCUUGGAAGUUUCUGCUUGGAGCUCUGGUGGUGGCCUUGGGCAGUUUAGUCACAUCUGUGGUCCUGACCGCACGGAACUAGCUCCCUCGACCUACUUGCAAAUUAACUACAAGUCUCACAAACAAACAUUCCACAAAGCUGCCAAGGGACGGAGGAAAAAUGCACUGAACUGUUUAAAGAGCAGCUGCAUGGGCGGCUCUAUCGGUGGAACACCGACUUAUGCAGAGCAGAAUAUACGCACAGAAUAAAGGGCAAGGCAAAUGCAUUUCAAAUAUUUGCAAUAAAAA